UCUUGCCGGUUGCGGAGCAGUUUUUUUCUGCCCUCCCAAAAAAAAAUUUAAAAAAUUAUUUUUUCUCUCUCCGUCGUAACCCGUCGUUAGUAUCCGGUUACCGGAAUUUCUAUCCCUAUUUUACCCUCCCUCACAUCUUUCUAUCAGCAAAUUUUCCUUUAAGAAUACCUCUAAUUUAACGUUUUUAUAGGUUUUAGGGUUCCAGUUUUAAAAUUUAAUUUUGGUUUUAGAAGGGUUUAUAUUAUAAUGGCGCAAAUUCAGAUUCAGCAUCAGACGGCUGCGGCGCCGAUGCCGGGAGCCAAUGGAGUGGCGGCGAAUGCGGGCGGUGUCCCUUUCAUGCCUACGUCUCUGUAUGUUGGAGAUCUUGAUUAUAAUGUGACAGAUUCGCAGCUUUAUGAUUUUUUUAAUCAGGUCGGGCAGGUUGUUUCGGUUCGGGUCUGUAGGGACUUAACGACCCGGCGAUCAUUGGGUUAUGGUUAUGUGAAUUUCAGCAGUUCUCAGGAUGCUGCUAGGGCAUUGGAUGUACUCAACUUUACUCCACUUAAUAACAGACCUAUUAGGAUCAUGUUUUCCCAUCGCGACCCAAGUAUUCGUAAGAGUGGAACAGGAAAUAUUUUUAUCAAGAACCUGGAUAAGGCUAUUGAUCACAAAGCCUUACACGACACUUUUUCGUCAUUUGGGAACAUUCUUUCUUGCAAGGUGGCUACAGAUUCUUCAGGCCAGUCAAGAGGCUAUGGUUUUGUACAAUUUGAAAGUGAGGAAACUGCACAUAAUGCUAUAGGCAAAUUGAACGGUAUGCUCAUUAAUGAUAAACAAGUUUAUGUUGGACACUUUCUUCGUAAGCAGGAAAGAGAUACCGUCUCAAAUAAGACAAUAUUUAAUAAUAUUUAUGUCAAAAAUUUAUCUGAAUUAACAACGGAUGAGGAUUUGAAGAAAAUAUUUGGGGAAUAUGGAGAAAUUACCAGUGCUGUAGUGAUGCGGGAUGCAGAUGGAAAAUCAAAGUGUUUUGGUUUUGUGAACUUUGAAAAUGCUGAUGAUGCUGCUAAAGCUGUCGAGUCCCUAGAUGGAAAGAAGAUUGAUGAUAAGGAGUGGUAUGUUGGAAAAGCACAGAAAAAAUCUGAAAGAGAGGUUGAACUGAAAAGCCGGUUUGAGCAGAGUAUAAAGGAAACUGUGGACAAGUACCAAGGUGUAAAUUUAUACAUCAAGAAUUUGGAUGACAGCAUAAGUGAUGAAAAGCUUAAGGAGCUUUUCUCUGACCUUGGUACUAUUACAUCAUGCAAGGUUAUGCGUGACCCAAGUGGAAUUAGCAGAGGUGCUGGUUUCGUGGCCUUUUCAACUUCUGAAGAAGCGUCUCGAGCACUUGCAGAGAUGAACGGUAAAAUGAUUAUUAGCAAGCCUCUAUAUGUUGCACUUGCACAAAGGAAGGAAGAGAGAAGGGCAAGGCUUCAGGCCCAGUUUUCACAGAUGAGGCCAGUUACAAUGGCACCUUCAGUUGGCCCUCGCAUGCCUAUGUAUUCUCCAGGUGCUCCAGGUAUGGGACAACAAUUUUUAUAUGGUCAAGGACCAUCAGCGAUUAUGCCUACUCACGCUGGAUUUGGCUACCAGCAGCAACUUGUUCCUGGAAUGAGACCAGGCGGUUCUCCCAUGCCAAAUCUCUUUAUGCCAAUGGUUCAGCAGGGUCAACAAGGCCAGCGGCCCGGGGGACGACGUGGUGCAGGUCCAGUGCAACAGACUCAGCAGCCAGUUCCUAUGUUGCCGCAGCAGAUGUUUCCCAGGGGACGUGUGUAUCGUUAUCCCCCUGGUCGCAACAUGUCAGAUGUUCAAAUGCCUGGUGUGGCUGGAGGCAUGCUUUCUGUUCCUUAUAACAUGGGUGGCAUGCCAAUUAGAGAUGCUGCUGCUGCUGGACAGUCUGUUCCCAUUACUGCUUUGGCUACAGCGCUUGCUAAUGCAACCCCUGAACAUCAAAGGACGCUGCUGGGUGAAAGUCUUUAUCCUUUAGUGGACCAGCUGGAGCAUGAAUCAGCAGCCAAGGUCACAGGCAUGCUUUUGGAGAUGGAUCAGACUGAGGUUUUGCACCUGCUCGAAUCACCUGAGUCGCUGAAGGCAAAAGUAACGGAGGCCAUGGAAGUCCUUAGGACCGUUGCUUCGCAGCAGCAGGCAAACAACCCUGCAGAUCAGCUUGCCUCACUCUCCCUGAAUGAUGGCCUUGUCUCUUAAAACUUUGCUUUCUGAGAAGCAAAUAGUUGCAAGUGGUUUUGAACUUUAGAGUUUUGUUAUCGUCAAAGCAGAUUUUUAUUUCAAUUUAAUAGUUGGUAAAUUACUGGAAGUCGAUACUUGGCAGAGUGCUUGUUAUCCAGGAUUUUAUAUAUUUUGUUGAACCACAUAUAUUUGUCUCAGAAGUUUUCGACUGUGUUGACAUUUUCAGAAUUGAUAAUAACGUUACAUGUGGGUUUGUUCCAAA